AUGGCCGAAAAGUCCCACGAGCCCGUCCAGCCCAUCCACCCCUCCAUGGAGGGGAAGCUGGACCCCGUAUUCGUCAAGCUCUACAACGACAACGUCGCCUACAAGCCUAACGGGCCCAUUGACCUCGCCGUCCUGCGCAAGCACUAUUCCCAGCUCUACAGCUACGGCACCGGCGCCGCCCCCGAGGCCGCGCGCACCUACGACACCACCUUUGCCCUGGACGACGGCACCGAGCUGACCCUGCGCGUCUACGAGCCCGACACGCCGGGGCCCUGGCCCGUCCACGUCGACUUCCACGGCGGCGGCUGGGGCCUCGGCGACCUCGACACCGAGGCGCACAUUUGCAAGCACAUCUGCCACCAGGCCAAGGUGGCCGUCGUCGACGUCGCCUACCGCCUCGUCCCGGAGCACCCCUACCCGGCGCAAAUCACCGACAGCUGGGCGGCGCUGCAGUACGUGCACAAGCACGGCGCCGCCAAGCUCAACAUCAAGCCCGACAGCAUCUCCGUCGGCGGCGUCUCGGCCGGCGGGUGCAUCGCGCUCGCGCUCGCGCAUCUCGCGCGCGACGCGGACCUCCCGCUGCGGCUCGUGGCCGCCGGCACCCCCGUCGUGGACGACCUGCCGGCGACGCCGGCCGACUCGCCGCACGCGUCGAUGCGCGAGAACGAGUUCGCGCCGACGCUCAACUGGGCGCGCCUGGCGUACUUUAACCGCUUCAAGUUCCCCGAGGACCCCGCGGCGGCGGCCAAGGCCAAGGCGGAGAUGGGCUGGUUCAAGAACCUGCUAGAGGCGCCCAACUUUGAGGGCCUGCCGCGGACGGUCAUCUACACGGCGGGCGCGGACCCGCUGCGCGACGAGGGCGAGGCGUACGCGCGCAAGCUGCUGGAGAACGGCAACGAGGUCAUUGUCAAGCGCUUCGUCGGCGUGCCGCACCCGUUCAUGCACAUGGACGGUAGCCUGAGGCAGGGGCGCGAGUUCAUUGACGAGACGGCACGUUACGUGCGUCUGGCCCACUGGGACUGA